UGUCAACUCACAGCUUUACCACAGCUAUCAUGCAACUGACAGGUCUGGAAGCUGCAGUCAUCCUUGGGAUUGUUAUUCCUCAGAUAUCCAGCAUUUCAUCUGCACCUUCUGACUGUUUGGCCGCUGUGGAUAUCUGCAUGUCAGAUUUAUGCACGAGGGAACGGGCAUUUUACGGCGGCAUCUGUAACAAUGAAGGCUGCCAAAUAAAAGGCUCAGAGGUCUGUAACAUGACCAUCCAGACCAUACUGGACCGAUUUCCCUCUCUGCGAGGGUGUGUGUGUGCCUGGGAGGGCGAGCUUUGUGACUCCAUACAAGCGCUGGCCACACAAUGCCACAAAAAGCCAGCAAGUCAACAGAAGAGGAGCACAGUGAUGGACUGGAAGUCAAGCAGUUUGAUAGGCUAUGUAUAUGAUGCUGCUGCAUCCUGCUUUGACCGGAUGAGAGUUUGUGUGAGUGAUGCAGUUUGCAACAGGUACCUAGCACCUGUUCUCCAGGCGUGUACGGCGGAUCCGUGCCACCCUGAGCGCUGUCAGCAAGUGACUCAGCACUUCUAUGGUGGCAUGCCGCAGAAUGUUGCAGAGAUGCUGGUCAUGUGUGAGUGUGAGGCUUCAGAUCAGAGCUGUCUGCACAUGAGAACUGCUCUGCACAGCGGCACAUGUGAAGACGAGACCCGCAUCUGCCAGGAUACAGUUAUCCAGUGUGUUGAUGACAGUAACUGCAGAGACCUUUUAAAAUCUUUCCAAGCCAAAUGCUGGAGCUCUGAAGAGGCUCCAUGCAGCGACAGUGACCUCCAAAGUGCCGAAUGUUUCACCAGCAUGGAUCCAGGCCGCAUCCUCGGUGCAGAUUUUGAAUGUAAAACGGCCUUUUUAGCCACUUUGGGCACAGCACUUCACCAUCCUUGUUCAUGCAGAGGCAUGCACAAUGAUGAACUAAAGACGUGCAAAAUGAUUCAUGACGUACUUCAUAACAGAUCAUAUUUCAUGACGUCUUGGAAAAGCAGCAGUGUUCCUUCUAAACCUCCUGAAAUCAAUGAAUCUGGACAUGGUCACACAUGGUUACAUGAUUAUCUACUGUAUGCUUUUGCGACUGUGCUACUUUUUGGAGUUGUUGUAUUAAUACCUCUGGCUGUUGUCAGUAAAAUUUGGAUGUUGAGAAAAAGAGAUGAAACAAAAUUACACCAUCCACAGAAAAGCAACUGUGUUGUUAUUCUCUGAUGUUUAUUCAUCUAUUCAUCUACAAAUCAUCACUUUGUUCGGUUUUAACACAAAACAUUUUAGAUGAUUACUCUUAUCAGAGGGUUUUCAGUUUGUUGCCUAAAUAUCAGCGGCAUUGUGAGACACAAAAUCAUUUAUUUCAGAUGUCUUUUGUAGCAUAGCCUUGGCUUGGUAACAGAUGAUUAGACAGACAAGAUUAAAAGCAAGCAGUCUGAAUGUGCUUUAUUAAUGAAAAUCUAUUUGAGAGGGUUGAUUUAAAACAGAAAUACAGUUAGAUGGAGAUUUUUUUUAAAAGAAAUCUGUGAACUUUUUUUCUUGAAUCACAAAAGAGACCUUACUCUGUCUGGUAAACGACAGAGCUUAAGAAUCAAUCAACUCUCUCAGUUUUUAAUCUUUUCAUCUGUUUGACACUGACUUGUGCCAUCAAUCAUUCGAACACAUCCAGCAUGUCUGAGAUUGCUUCAUGUCAUCAGUUGUCUUUUUGUGAUGAUUUAUCUGUGCUCUUGGCUUC